AUGACUGCCGUCGUUGACGAGUACCUCGAUGGCGCGCUUGAUACUGACGAGGUCUUUCCCUGCAGAGGCUGCGGAGAGAUUCUCGAAGAAGGCAAAGCUUUUGAGUUGGCUAACCAACGAUGGCAUCUCGACUGCUUCCGCUGCCACUCCUGCGGCACCCUCCUCGACUCCGACGCCAACCUCCUCCUCCUAGGCGAUGGCUCCCUCGUCUGUAACAACUGUACAUACACAUGCAAUGCCUGCGGUAACAAGAUCGAGGACCUCGCCAUCUUAACAGGCGAUCAGGCCUUUUGCUCUACCUGCUUCCGUUGCCGAAACUGCAAACGCAAAAUCGAAAACCUGCGUUAUGCACGCACAUCACAGGGGAUCUUCUGUAUGGGGUGCCAUGAAACUCUCAUAGCCCGUCGUCGGAAACGCUCCAAAGCGAACGCGGCAAAAGCGAGGGACAAGGAGGACGCCGUGAUCACGGACAAGUCCCUGCCUGCUCUACCUCCCGAGAUCACACCCACAGACCAGGGAGAGGCCGACUCCGACAACGCUGUGACCACAUCCCCACGACAGAAUACUACACCUCGCAUCAACAGCAACCCCAGAGCCGCUCCCAUUCCCGCCAGGUCCCCAGAACGUCCUUCAGUAGACGGCGCUAGCAAUGCCAAUGCUGCUGGCAAGGAGACACUGACUUUACCAUCCAGCACCUACAGGAGAAAUAGAAACUCCGCCAUUCUCCCAAGCGGCCAUGGCAGCAAUCAGAAUGACUCUGACGGCUUCUACAUUUCUGUCGCUUUGGAUCCCACGCCGAACGGCUCUGCCAAGGCCUCCCCGGCUCCGGACCCCAACAACGAUGUCUCAUCCCGAAACAAUAAGGCGUCCUCCGAGAGACGUGGUGAAUCUGCUGCCUCUCCUCACAUUGCAUUUCAAGAAAAGGGUCGUCAGCAGUCUGCGGACCACAUUACGCAGGCCAUGGCCCCUUCGCGUAAGCUGUCCAAGACUGACAAGGAAAGGAAUAAGCCUUCCAAGGGCUCGCCCGACACCGAUGAAAUCAGAACGCCCGAGGCUCCUCGUAGCAAGCGUUUGCAGACCUCCAGAACAAACAGCUCACAGUCUACCGAUACCAAGCAACCGACCCUUCCGCCACGACCUCGUGCCUCCCACGAGGCCCGGUCGCCCGACGACGACGCUACCGCGUCCUCUCAAGACGUCAACUCAAAGCCUUCGCGGUCGGGCCCCGGCUUAGCCAUUGCCCGCAAGGAGCUACCGCCGUCUGCCAAUAGAACUCUCGGACCUGCCGCGAACGUGGUCGAGAAGCCUGUUCCCAAUGAAAGCUACAUGCAGCCACGAACCGCGCCCGUGCCGCCGGGUUCUAGAGGCUCCGUUGGUGCCAAAGAUGAUGGUCAGUCUCCCAAAGUAUCGCCGAAACUACCCAGAUGGAGCAGCGGUGCCGAUUUCACCCUGGACGAGGACAUGGCUAGAAUACUUGGGACCGAUGAAGGUUCAUCCUCGCUCUUGCGCCGGGUUUCUAACGCGGUCCGACAUGGUCGUACAGGCAGCAUCGAGUCUAGUCACAACCCGAGGCAGAGCCACACGCGAAGCAUAAGCGAGACGACCCGAUCUACUGUCUCGCCCCGUUGGUCACGAGCCCAGCACCCCGACGACGGUCACAGCCACGAUAUCAGCAGCCCUGUAUCCCUGGCCAAGGCCGAUGAUUCGGCCAUGCUUAAGCGCCAGCUUCGAAAUUCGGAGCAGCGCGUUGCGGAGCUUGAGCGACAGUUCAAUACAGAAAAGGACUUGCAGACCCUUGACAAGAAGCUUGUCGAAAAGCGCAAGACUGUUUCUGUUCUGGAUACUCAGGCAGAAAUCAUGAUACGUCAACUCGAAGUUCUUGCUGGCUAUGUGGAGAAGGCUAAAGAAACCAAGGCGCCAAUCGAUGUUCAGGAGCUUGAGGACUCUGCCAUCAAGGAUUUUGUCAAAAAGUUGGAGCGGGUCAAGGCGACAAUGUCGUCCGAGAUUGCCUCGCUGCAUGAGCGGCGCGACAAGCUUCUUGAAGAGAAGCACCAGGCCAUAGCCGACCGCGACAGGGCCCUGAUGGAAUUCGAGCAGCUUUCCUCCAAGAACGCCCAGCUUGCCGACAUGAACAACGAGAUGACGCACCAGAUUCAAGAACGAUUCAAGUCUCAAGUCGGUGACUUGCGUUCGCCGUCCAGUGGUCUUGGCAUCUACGGUCAACGCGGUGCUGCCAGCUCCAACGCCAACCUCGAUGCAGCAAGCAUGACCACUGGUGCUACGCUCGUGCCUGCCGACGAGGAGCACAUCGUCGAAACUGGCCCUACUGUGGUACAGGUGCGCAAGGGCCAAGUGAAGAAGUUCAACUGGAAGAAGGGUUCCAAGACGAUGGCGCAGAACGUUGCCAAGGGUGUCAACCGUGCUGUUGUUGCUUUCCAACAGAACGAGCGCGAGCGCCCCGGUCAAAUGGGUGGACAGCCCGGUGGCUUGACUACUGAUAACAUUGGUCUACCUUACAACAUGACAGUCACACAAGCAGAUCUGACUCCCGCGGCUGUUGCGGGACCUGCUGGCCUCAACGCUGCCAACAAGCAACAAGGCUUUGGUUUCUUUGGCAAGAAGACCGCCGUGCCCAAAUCGGUUUCCGCCAACACGGUCUCAACCCCGCUCGCGGCCGAGCCUCCGUCAGUCUUGUUUGGCUCGGAGCUUACUGAGCGUGCCGAGUAUGAGCGCCGACAAAUACCUAGCGUCGUCACUCGCUGUAUCGAAGAGGUCGAGUUGCGUGGUAUGGAUCAAGAGGGCAUCUACCGCAAGACUGGUGGCAACUCUCAAAUCAACCAAAUCAAGGAAGGGUUCGAGAAGAACGAAAACUUUGAUAUUUCCGACCCAGACCUGGAUAUUACAGCAGUCACAAGUGUGCUAAAGCAGUACUUCCGCAAGCUUCCAAUGCCACUGUUGACGUUUGACGUAUAUGACCGCGUAUUGGAAUCAAAUGCUGUACCGGAAGAGACUGAGCGCUGCGCGCAGCUGCGCAAGACAUUCGACUCGAUGCCCCAGAGCCACCGCGACUGUCUCGAGUUUCUCAUGUUCCAUCUGCAGCGCGUGGCUCAUCGCGAGCCCGAAAACCUCAUGUCGCCCAAGAAUCUGGCAGUUGUAUUUGCGCCCACCAUUAUGCGAGACCUGAGCAUUGAGCGAGAAAUGACCGACAUGCAUGCCAAGAAUAUUGCUGUACAGUUUGUUAUCGAGAACAGCCACAUCAUAUUCGAGGAUGCCUGA